AUGUUUGGCACCCCCAACAAUUUAACUCAAGAUCCGCCACUGCUUAGGUUCACAUUUGGUUAUGAUAAUUCAACUGACACUUACAAGGUGGUGGCCUUUUCUUCCAAAGAGGUGAAGGUUUGUAGUUUACGUGAUAAUGUUUGGAGAAAUAUUAGUUUUCAUGUUGUUAUUUAUCUUGGCAUUAUGUUUAAUGAAGGUGUGUAUUUGAAUGGCACUGUUUACUGGUUUUCCAAUCCGAAUAAGAGUUUUAAGUAUAGUGAGAAGGAUUUUACUGUUGAACAACUUAUGAUUAUCUCCCUUGAUCUUAGUACCGAGAUAUACACGCGCUUGCUGCCCCCUCGUGAGGUUGAUGAAGUGCCAGUUGUUCAACAAAGUCUUGCUGUAUUAAGGGACCGCCUUUGUUUUUCUCACAUGCUCAAGAGAACUUAUUUUGUUGUAUGGCAGAUGACGGAAUUUGGAGUUGAACAAUCCUGGACUCAAUUCCUUAAAAUCAGUUGUCAGAAUCUUCAGAGAUAUCGUGAAUUGUUCCCAUUAUGUCUUUCUGAGAAUGGACAUACACUGAUAUUACUAUGCUUUGGAGGAAAUGAUGUAAUUCUCUAUAAUUUGAGAGAAAAUAGAGUAGAGAAAUCUAGUGGAUAUACAUGGUGUGAUGCCAAGGAUUAUGUUGAAAGUUUGGCUUCAAUUUGUUGA